AUGGCAGAUUCAGGAUUGAGUGUGGAUGUUAAGAGAGAAGAGAGGCCAAAGUGGGACAACAAGGUUCAGUACCUGCUGACCUGUAUUGGGUUUGCUGUGGGUUUGGGCAAUGUGUGGCGCUUCCCCUACCUGUGUCAGAUCUACGGAGGAGGUGCCUUCCUCAUCCCCUACCUGAUAGCCCUGGUGUUCGAGGGGCUGCCACUGCUCUACCUGGAGCUGGCUAUUGGACAGAGGCUGCGCAUGGGCAGCAUCGGAGUCUGGAAUGCCAUCACACCCUUCCUUGGUGGAGUUGGUAUUGCUUCCAUGAUAGUGUCCUUCUUGGUGGCUCUAUUCUACAACACCAUCCUGGCCUGGGUCCUCUGGUACUUUUUCCACUCCUUCCAGGACCCCCUCCCCUGGGCCGAGUGCCCCAUUAACGCCAACCACACAGGCUAUGUAACAGAGUGUGUGGAGAGUACACCAGUCAACUACUUCUGGUAUCGUCAGACUCUGAAUAUUUCACCCAACAUCGAGACCAGUGGUUCCCUGCAAUGGUGGAUUGUUGUAUGCCUAGGAACCGCCUGGUUAGUUGUGUACAUAUGCUUCAUCAGGGGAAUCGAAACAAUCGGCAAGGCUGUGUAUGUAACUGCUACAUUUCCUUAUCUGGUACUGACUAUAUUCCUGGUUCGAGCCCUCACCCUCCCUGGAGCCUCAACUGGUUUAGUCUACCUCUUCACUCCUGAUUGGGAGAAGAUGAAGAACCCUCAAAUGUGGCUUGAUGCUGCCACUCAGAUCUUUUUCUCUCUGUCACUGGCUUUUGGUGGACUCAUUUCCUUCUCCAGCUACAACCCUGAGACUAACAACUGUGAGAGGGACGCUAUUCUGGUUGGGGUUAUAAACAGCGCUACAUCUAUAUAUGCUUCCAUCCCCAUCUUUGCCAUCCUGGGAUUUAAAGCCAACUCCAACUUAAUCUCCUGUCUCGAGGGGAACAUCUUAGCAUUGACAAAUGUGUUCAACAUCGAGGACCAAAACAUAACAGUUGACAACUAUGACCAGUGGUUUGAGGUCCUGAACGGGACUUAUCCCGAUAAAGUCUUCUCCCUGAACCUCAAACAAUGCAGCCUGCAGACUUUCCUCCAAGAGAGUGCAUCAGGGACUGGCCUGGCGUUCAUUGUGUUCACAGAGGCAGUUAAAGAGAUGCCAGGCUCUCAGGUGUGGGCAGUGCUGUUUUUCAUCAUGCUUUUCAGCCUGGGUCUAUCUUCCAUGUUUGGCAACCUGGAGGGCAUCCUCAGCCCUCUCAGGGACCUCCACAUGGUGCCAAGCUGGAUACCCAAGGAGCUCUUCACAGCAUUUAUCUGCGUGGUAUCUUUCCUGGUAGCUCUUAUCUUCACCAUGAGUUCGGGAAACUACUGGCUGGAAAUCUUUAACAGCUAUGUUGGCUCAAUUCCUCUUCUGAUAAUAGCCUUCUUCGAAAUCAUAGCGGUGAUUUACGUGUAUGGAAUGAAAAGAUUUGGCGACGACAUUCUCUUUAUGACUGGAAGGCGGCCCAACAUCUUCUGGAAGGCGUGCUGGAUGGUCAUCAGUCCUGUGAUGCUCGUUGUUGUUCUGGUUGCUUAUGUUGCCAUCCAGGUGCAGGUGGAACCCUCCUACGCUGCUUGGAAUCCAGACUUUAAAGACUUUCCCCAGUUUGAUGUGCAGCCAUACCCACAAUGGGUGUUUGCCAUCUGUAUCCUGCUUUCCACAGUCCCUGUCCUCUCCAUCCCCCUGGUGGCUUUGUUCCACUUCAUCCUCUGGGCAAAGCGCCGGCGUUCCUCCCAACGGCACCGCAACAGAGCCAAUCCCUACGACAACGGUGGCUAUGUUGUACACUCAUAGACUGGCAAGACUGAUUUGAAUGCAGCAUCAGACUUAAUAUCAGGGGAAAAAAACUGUGAUAAAGCUGCCUAAGUUCUUAACUCUUAAUGAAGAGGAAUAGACCUUCCAUAUUGCACAUAUAAACAUGAUUUUUCAUUUUUGAUUUUGAUGUGUACACUUGUCUCAAUGUAAAACUUGCAAAAAAGUAACGAAAGUUAUAAACUCAAAGUUUACACAAAGCAAUGAAAUGUAUAAAAAAGGUGACCACCAGCAUGCUUAUAAAAUCAAUCUACACAGUAUGAACUUUCCUUCGAUAAACAAAAUGUCCUCUACACUGGUCAAAAUAUCAGUUAAACAUUGAUGACCAUCGUACUUGGAAGAAUACAGAGUACACAAUAAAUCAGCUAUCAAAGUCCAGAGAGAGAGAGAGAUGAAAGGAUGGAUGGUCCAUGUUCAUAUCUUAACUAUCAAUCUUUAUUGGUUACCCAGCUGGCAUUCUAUACAGUAACUUUUAUGAUUGACUACUGUUGCUUUGUUUCAUAAAAAUUGAGUCAGGAUGG